CUGCAGGAGUAGCUCGCCACGUUGAAAGACAAGUCGUUAAUAUCGAUGGAUGCGGUGUUUGCGAUUUUCUCAAGAUUUGCAUAAUUUUCUAUUUUUUUAGUACUUAUUGAAAAAUCAAAAGACACCAAGAUGAAGGUUAAGGAAUUACACAAAACUGUCAAUGUGGCAUGGUCGCCUCCUUCUCAGUACCCAAUUCUUUUGGCAGCUGGGACUGCAGCUCAACAAUUAGAUGCUAGUUUUGACACUAAUGCCAGUUUGGACUUGUACUCGCUUAAUCUACAACAGCCUGGCUAUGAUAUGGAACUUAGAACUAGUGUUCCAAGUGAUCAGAGAUUUCAUAAAUUAGUUUGGAGUUCUGAUGCUAGUAACCCAGCUGGUAUCAUUGUUGGAGGUUGUGAUUAUGGCAAAAUCAAGAUUUAUUCAGUAGCCAAAAUGCUGACUAAUGACACUAAUUGUCUAAUAAGUAGUUCAGUAAAGCAUAAUGGACCAGUUAGAGCAAUGGAUUUCAAUCCUUUCAAACCUCAUUUGUUAGCAACUGGUGCUACAGAAAGUGAAAUUUAUAUUUGGGAUUUGAACAAUACUGCUAAACCCAUGACUCCUGGUGGUAAAAGUACACCUGAUGAAGAUGUUCAGGAUAUAGCUUGGAACAAACAAGUACAACACAUUCUUGCCUCCACAUUUUCACAAAGAUGUGUUAUUUGGGAUCUUAAGAAGAAUGAAGCUAUAAUAAAAUUGAGUGAUGUAAAUUCUAAGGUGAGGUGGAAAUCUGUGCAAUGGCAUCCAGAUGUAGCAACACAACUUUGUCUUGCUUCCGAAGAUGAUCAAUCUCCAAUAAUAGAGUUAUGGGAUUUGAGGUUUGCUACAUCACCACUAAAAACUUUACAUAAUCAUCAAAGAGGAGUUUUGUCCAUUGCUUGGAAUCCUCAUGAUUCAGAUCUCCUUCUCAGUUGUGCAAAAGAUAACAGGAUUCUUUGUUGGAACCCCAACUCAGAUGCUGCAAAUGGUGAAGUUACCUGUGAGUUGGCACAAACCCAUCAAUUCAAUUUUGAUGUGUCUUGGUGUCCUCGUAAUCCUGGUUUGAUUGUUGGAACAAGUGCUGAUGGUUUGGCUACAGUUUAUUCUUUAUUGGGUGGUCAUAAUCACGCAUCUGCAGAAACUACGAACAAAAUAGUAGAUUCAUUUCCUGGUAUGGAUCCAUUCACACAAGCUCCACCCAUAAUAAAAACAGAAUCGGCAGCGGUACUUAAGAAAGCACCCAAGUGGCUGAAAAGACCUUUUGGUGCAUCAUUUGGGUUUGGUGGAAAAUUAACCAUUUUUGAAAAUGAUCCAGUUGAUCCAAAUAUGCCAUCAAAUGCAAAUCGGAAAGCUUAUAUAUCUCAAGUUGUCACAGAUCCCAUACUGAUUCAACGUUCUAAUGAAUUGGAGGCUGCUUUAAAAAACAAUCUCUUUGGCAACUUCUGUCAGAAUAAAAUUGAUACUGCACCUGACGAGCUUAAAAGAAAAAUUUGGAGCUGUGUCAAUGCUUAUUUUGGUGAAAAUGUAACGCAUGAAAUAUUGUCACUUCUGGGGCAUAAUAUUGAUGAAAUGAAUAAUAAAUUAAAUCAAUUUGUACCGCGACAAGAGGUUGAAGCACUUACUGAUGGCAUUUCAAAGUUAAAUAAUAAUAUAAACGGUUUUGAUGGAAGUGCUGCCUUUGAUGCUAUUGCUGAACAAGAACAGAGAAAGUCAAUUACACCGACAAAAGCUUCUAAGUCUGUAGAUACCGGUUAUAGAAUAAGCACAUCCGACGACAGUGAAGGUCUCAUCACACAAGCCAUCCUCUUGGGAAACAUCGAGGCUGCUGUAGCCCUAUGUUUUGAGAAUAAUCGAUACGCGGAUGCUAUAAUUCUCUCAAUGGCCGGUGGACCAGAUUUAUUAGCAAAGACACAAUACAGAUACUUUAAUGAACACUCUGGCGCUUUAAACUCGCUGAUCAAUUCAGUGGUCAGUGAAAAUUGGGUUGAUCUUGUUAAAAACUGCGAUAUUACAAGUUGGAAAGAAGCUUUAGUUGGAAUUUUCACACAUAUUUCUCCCGCAGAACGAGGUGCAUUGUGCGACAUUUUGGGAGAUCGUCUUGCUGCAAGUGAAAAUGACAAUUUCAAGAAAGAAGCUCAGAUAUGUUACAUCUGUUCUGGCAAUCUCAACAAAGCAGUUGAGUCGUCGGACACUGGCAUCCAGGAAACUGUUGAAUUUGUUAUGAUACUAAAAAAAGCUCUCGAAUUCCAUACAACGCAUGAGGUUAUUAUCGAUGGUAGUACUGCGGCUGUGUUAACACGUUAUGCAGAAAUGCUUGCAUCUGAGGGAGAUCUCGAUGCUGCUCUCAAUUACCUCGGUAACAGUCAAGAACCAGGAAUUGUCAUGUUACGCGACAGACUUUAUAAGGCUUUGGGGCACAUCUCGAUGGAGCCUCAACGUCAGAAUUUAUCUCAAAAUACUGGUUACGCACAACCAAAUAUAUACGCCCAAAAUCAAGCACUACCAAAAAAGUCGUUGCCAGGCAGCGCUCAAAGUACGUUCGCUCCCAUUCAACAGAUUCCUGCAUCAGUUCAACCAUUACACGUACCCUCGUGGAACACAGCUCCUACGAAACAACCUUACGGAAGUCAACCGUACGGAACUGCAGCGUCAGCACCCAUAAACCAGUUUACACCGGCACCACCUAUGUCGAGUCAACCUGCAGAUGCGUACACCAAUUUUGGCCAACAACCCAUGACACCAGCUGUACCUCCACCACCUCCUGCAGUCAAUCAGAAUAGUGGCAGUCUGAGUGGCUCGAGACCGUCAAGCGUUGGCCCUCAAUCCAAGUCGAAGUAUAUUCUAGAUCCGUCUGUUAAAUCUGGACCAACUUAUGGCACGACUGGUUAUGGACAAAAUCAGUCAAUUUAUAGCAAUCCUAUACAGACACAGCCUUUCUCUUCACCAGGCAGUUUUCCUGCACAAACGCCGUAUAUGCCUCAACAGCCACAGGUGAUGGGAAAUUUCGGAGGCUACGGCACUAGCCCAGCUCAGAGCACAAUUUACAAUUCGACAGAAUCAGAACUCCAACAAAGGCCAAUGCAACCAAGUAUGUUGAAUCCUAACACCAUCAAACCGCAGUCAAUAUACGAUCCGAGUGCCCUUCAACAAAAUGUUCAACCUUCUCAACUUGCUGGUUAUCCUAAUGAAAACCAAUAUCAACCGGAACCACAACCUUCGGGAUGGAAUGAUCCGCCUAUUAUGAAAUCUGCUAAACCACAGCCAGUUAUGGCUUUAGUAGCCAAAGCCGAAAUGUGUGCGGAGCACGCUGGCAGCAGGAAGUGGAAAGCGAAAUACACAAAGGGUAUCGAUGCGAAGCAAAAAACACAAUUCCAACAACAAAACCCGAUUCAACAUCCAUUGAGAGGAACAGCACCACCGCAGCCAGAACCAACAGUGUAUCAGCAAGAUUCAGGAUUCCACCAGCACAGCUAUCAGCAAGAUCAACAAGCCAUGUACAAUCAAUUUAAUCAGUAUAAUCAUAACAUUCCUGCCCAAGGGGUACCUGGAAUGCCAGGAGUUCCACAAUACAACAGACCUGCUGAGCCGCCUGUGCAGCUUGCACAAAUUGUUCGUGCUCCCGAGCCUGAAAAACCUAAAGCGCCCAUUCCAGAAGAGCACAGACAGUUGCAAACGAUAUUCAACGAAUUGAAAGAUCAAUGCUUUGAAAAGGCGAAAAAUCCACAAAUCAAGAGAAAGAUCGAUGACGUAAGUAAAAAAUUGGAAGUUUUCUAUGACUGCCUUCGAGAACAAAAAAUUUCACCAAAUACGUUACAAGGUCUUCAUCAAAUUUCAAAUGCAAUUCAAACCGGAGACUAUCCUGGAGGCUUAGCUGUACAUACGCAGUUAGUCUCAGGACCAGACUUCAGUCUCAUCGCCUCAUUCAUGCCAGGAAUCAAAGUAUUACUGCAAGUUGCUCUUCAGUUAGGCUCUUAUAUCAGAUAAAUAAUCAUUUUCAAUGUGGAAGCUGGUUUCUUCCAGCUUUAUGUUUCAUAAUUUUUUUAUUUUUUACUUUAUUUGCAUUAACACUAUCGAUAUCUAAAAGUUAUAAAAAAAAAAAUUGAUUUUGGUAAAAAAUGCUACUGAAUGAUACAAGAGGUAUUCAGAAAGGAAUAAAUUUGUAAAUAAAUUUAAUUGGAAUUUAUAAUUUUCAAAUUUUUAAUUUGUUCACGUUAAUAAUGAAGUUUAAAUUAUUUUUUAGCUAAAAUAUAGUAUCAGUACAGGUGCCUCUGUAUUUGUUAUAAGAACUUUUAUAAUGCGAAUAUUAUUUCAAGUUAAUGUUACGAAAGUCAAGGUUAAACACAGUAACAAAGAACUGAAUAAGCAAGGUAUAUAAAAAAUGAAUAUUAUUUUGUAUACUAACACUAAAAAUAAGAAAUAGCUCCAAUUUUUUUAAAUUGAAAGCUAACAAGAGUUUCGCAAACGUAGAAAACAAUGGUGUGCACCAUUUAUCUGACAAAUGUAAGUUUCUGCAGUAAAAACAAACUGUAACAAGGCAAAUUUAUUUGUGAUGCGAUAUUGUUAUUCAUUGAUACUGUCUUAUAUAUCAUAUAGUGUUAUUUAUAUUAUAUAGCAAUAUGUAAAAUAAAAUUUUUUCA